UGAGAAAACAGAAGUCCUCAGUGAAGAUCUGUUACAGAUCGAGCGGCGCCUGGACACUGUGCGGUCAAUGUGUCACCAUUCCCAUAAGCGGCUCAUGGCAUGCUUCCAGGGCCAGCAUGGCACCGAUGCCGAGAGAAGACAYAAAAAACUCCCUCUGACAGCUCUCUCUCAGAAUAUGCAAGAAGCAUCCACUCAGCUGGAAGACUCUCUCCUGGGGAAGAUGCUGGAGACCUGCGGAGACGCUGAGCACCAGCUGGCUCUGGAGCUCUCUCAGCACGAGGUCCUCAUUGAGAAGGAGAUCGUGGACCCUCUCUAUGGCAUAGCAGAGGUGGAGAUUCCCAACAUCCAGAAACAGAGGAAACAGCUGGCUAAAUUGGUGUUGGACUGGGACUCGGUCCGAGCCAGGUGGAACCAAGCUCACAAAUCUUCAGGAACCAACUUUCAGGGGCUUCCAUCAAAAAUAGAUACCUUAAAGGAAGAGAUGGAUGAAGCUGGAAAUAAAGUAGAACAGUGCAAGGAUCAACUUGCAGCAGACAUGUACAACUUCAUGGCCAAGGAAGGGGAGUUAGGCAAAUUCUUUGUUACGUUAUUAGAAGCCCAAGCAGAUUACCAUAGAAAAGCAUUAGCAGUCUUAGAAAAGGCCCUUCCCGAAAUGCGAGCCCAUCAAGAUAAGUGGGCAGAAAAGCCAGCCUUUGGGACGCCUUUGGAAGAGCACCUGAAGCGGAGUGGGCGUGAGAUCGCGCUUCCCAUYGAAGCCUGUGUCAUGCUGCUCCUGGAGACGGGCAUGAAGGAGGAGGGCCUUUUCCGAAUCGGGGCUGGAGCCUCCAAGUUAAAGAAGCUGAAAGCCGCUUUGGAUUGUUCUACUUCUCACCUGGACGAGUUCUACUCAGACCCCCAUGCUGUAGCAGGUGCUUUGAAGUCCUACCUACGGGAAUUGCCUGAACCUCUGAUGACUUUUAAUCUGUAUGAGGAGUGGACACAAGUGGCAAGUGUGCAGGAUCAGGACAAAAAACUUCAAGAUUUAUGGAGAACAUGUCAGAAGUUGCCACCACAGAAUUUUGUUAAUUUUAGGUAUUUAAUCAAGUUCCUUGCGAAGCUYGCUCAGACUAGUGACAUUAAUAAAAUGACUCCUAGCAACAUUGCAAUCGUGUUAGGCCCUAAUUUGUUAUGGGCCAAAAAUGAAGGAACACUGGCUGAAAUGGCAGCGGCCACAUCCGUCCAUGUGGUUGCAGUGAUUGAGCCCAUCAUCCAGCACGCAGACUGGUUCUUCCCUGAAGAGGUGGAGUUUAAUGUAUCAGAAGCRUUCGUGCCUCUCGCCACCCCAAAUUCCAAUCACUCAUCCCACACUGGAAACGACUCUGACUCGGGGACUCUGGAGAGGAAGCGGCCGGCCAGCAUGGCGGUGAUGGAAGGGGACUUGGUGAAGAAGGAGAGCUUUGGUGUGAAGCUUAUGGACUUCCAGGCCCACCGGCGGGGUGGCACUCUAAAUAGAAAGCACAUAUCCCCCGCUUUCCAGCCACCGCUCCCGCCCAUGGACGGCAGCACCUCGGCUCCAGCAGGCCCAGAGCCCCCUUCCCAGAGCUCUAGGGCUGAAAGCAGCUCAGGGGGUGGGACAGUCCCCUCCCCUGCGAGCAUACUGGAGCAGGGGCUGAGCCCGGGUGACAGCAGUCCUCCAAAACCCAAGGAUUCUGUAUCUGCAGCUGUCCCUGCACCAGGGAGAAAUAGCAGUCAAAUGACCAGUGGCCAAAGCCAGGCCCAGGCAGGUGCCAGCUCCCAUCAGCUCUCUGUCGGCCCAGYUCACAACGCUGCUGGUCCCAGCCCUCACACGCUGCGCCGGGCAGUUAAGAAACCUGCUCCAGCGCCCCCAAAACCGGGGAACCCGCCUCCUGGCCAUCACGGGGGCCCGAGUGCUCCAGGAGCGUCUCAGCUUCCACCCAGCCUGUCACCAAAGCCAUCCGCUCGAAGUCCGUCUCCUCCCCCACAGCACACAGGCCCAGCCCCAGGCCAGCCCUCGGCCACCUCCCAGCUCUCUGCACCCCGGAGGUACUCCAGCAGCCUGUCUCCAAUACAAGCACCCAGCCACCCGCCGCCACAGCCGCCCACCCAGGCCACGCCGCAGGGGCACAGCAAACCGAGMGGCCAGGGCCCACCCACCUCCAUGACACUGCCCAGUGAGCACGGACUYGAGCAGCCACCCCACACCCCUCCUCAGACGCCAACACCCCCCAGUACUCCACCCCUAGGAAAGCAGAACUCCAACCUGCCAGCUGCUCAGACCCAGGUGGUGAGUAACCCUGAGGCUGCGCAGACACAUGCUGGAACCCUGCCGAGACCCAGGCCAGUACCAAAGCCGAGGAACCGACCCAGCAUGCCCCCGCCCCCCCAUCCUCCUGGCGCCCACUCUGCCGGGGACAGCAGCCUCAGCAGCGCAGCACCAACAGCUUCCAAAAUAGUGACAGAUGUCCUUCCUAGUGCCCUCACAGAUGUAUGACCUGCCAUAUUCAGUCAGAACUGAAAUUGGAAUAUGUAAUGACACCAAUUCUAGGGCUUCAGAACCGCUUCGCAGCAUCUUUUCUGAAAUGCACUCAGACUCCGCAAACAAAGACCUGCUGGGCCACA